AAUAAUCAGUUUUGGAGUACUCGGGUUGGAUCAAAAUCCUUGGGGUUGCAAGGAUUAUUUGGUUAUUAUGAGCAAAAUUCCAAGAAAAGUUGUUGCUAUUCAGAGUAAAAAGAAAAACAAACCAAAUAAAAAGAAUGUUACGAAAGAAAAACCCAGUGGAAACAAAUGCAACGGGACUGUAGAAGAUAAUCUGCAACCACAUUCACCAAAUCAAAUGCCGAAAAGUGAACAGGACCCUGGGUACCCAGAGUAUUCUCGAGAUGAAGAGGUUCUGGAGGAAGAAGAAAUCCUUGGUAGCGAUGAUGAUGAGCAAGAAGAUCCUCGGGAUUAUUGUAAAGGUGGAUACCAUCCUGUGAAAAUCGGGCAAGUGUAUAAUGGACGCUAUCAUGUCGUGCGAAAACUUGGUUGGGGACAUUUUUCUACAGUGUGGCUAUGCUGGGAUUUGAGUGCAAAGCGGUUCGUCGCAAUGAAAGUAGUGAAAAGUGCACUCCACUACACAGAAACAGCACUUGAUGAGAUAAAAUUAUUAUCUUGCGUCCGUGAAUCUUCUCCAGAUGACCCCUUUAGGAACAAAACAGUCCAACUUUUGGAUGACUUCAGGGUGUCCGGUGUGAAUGGAAAUCAUGUCUGCAUGAUCUUUGAGGUUCUUGGUCACAAUUUACUGAAGCUAAUAAUCAGGUCUCAAUACCGUGGUAUCCCGCUUGAAAAUGUCCGUUCCAUUAUCAAACAAACACUACAAGGACUGCACUAUUUGCAUACAAAAUGUCACAUUAUUCACACGGAUAUCAAACCAGAAAACAUUUUGGUGUGUAUUUCCGACUCUCAAAUUCGUAGAAUGGCGGCAGAAGCUCUGGAUGCACAAAGACGCGGUGUGCAGCUGUCAGGUUCUGCAGUAAGCACAGCGCCCAAAGAGAAACAGGAUAACACAAAGAUGACUAAAAGCCGCAAACGCCGUUUACGGAAACAACAACGGAAGCAACAAGCUCUCUUAGAACAAGAACUUGAUGAGUUAGAAGAAUUAGAGUCACAGGAACACGAGCGCCGCUUAAUGGACAUGGGACUGUUACCCGGUGGAGACAAACAAGACCAUGAAGAACCAGAUGUGGCUGAUAACAAAGAAGGGAAUGAUCCUGAAACGCCAGGAGAACAGUCGCAACCUAACGAAACAAAUGUUAAUGAUACGACCAAAAAUUUGUGUAACGUCAGUCCAAGUGAAGAACGUGUUGCUGCAAAUAACACUGUUGGUGCAGUGUUUAUGGAUACUGCGCGUGCUGUUGCCUCGGUGUUAGGUUUCGCAGCCUCCAUUCCUUUCAAGGCUUGCAACACCGUUCCGGACAAAAAGCAUUCUACCACUAAUAUUCCUAAAGUAACAUCUAUGCGAAAUGAAAAACAGAAUCUACCUCGGUUAGGCGGUCAGUCCGAUGCUUCAAUUUGCGCAAAUUGUGAAGAUGUCAGUUUUAAGAUCCUUAAUUCUGCUUCCGCUUCAAGUAAUCUACUUCAACCUGGACAGAAGCGUACAGCCUCCAUAUCUGUUGACUUCUCUUCAUCUGACCAUCCAGAAGUGACUCAUGCAACCGUUUGCAGAUCAUCACGUCGCUCAUUUAUCCAUUUUCCUUUUGCUCCUUUGGCUGGUCAAUUAGUUCGGAAGUUAUCCUGGCCAUCUAUCUUCAGUUCACCAAAUACUUCUACAAAGAAAUUGUGUCAAAAUAAUUCAGAUGAACCAAACGAUCAUCAUAAACAUGAACACAAUAAAGCGGCCAGCCAUCGAUCAGAUGCAGCUGACGCAUCCGAAGAAAGUGAUCAAUUUGUAAAGAAAGAUAAUGAAAAUGGAAGUGGACAGGCUGUACGUCGUCGGGUUAAAAAGCUUCCAGAUCAUUCUGGUGCUGCAGAUGACAAAGCAGAUUCUCCAUUAGCUUCUGUUACUGAACCACAAAAAGCCUCAUCUGUUACUGGUGAUAAAAGUUCUGUGAUUGUACAACCAGAUGGCCUUAUAGCAGCGGCUUCAGCAUCUGCUACUACUACUAGUAAUACAUCCACAGCAAAUAACGAUUCAACUCAAGUUAAAUCAAAUUCCACUGGACCAAAGUCGAAUGGUGGUGGUGGUGAAAUGAAUGAAAAGAAAUCUAAUGUUGUUGAGUCUAAAUUGACAACAAACACUUCUAGUGGAGGAGGAGGAGGUGGUAAUUCUAAACGCCUAAGUCUAGUUGUACCGCCUAAUAAUUCAGUUUCUGGUCAAAGUGCUUCUUAUAAACGUCGAUCAUUGCUUCUUGAAACUGUAGUCCAUGAACCCGAUGCAAGUAAAGAACCGUGUGAAAUUGAAGUGAAAAUUGCCGAUUUGGGGAAUGCAUGUUGGACUUAUCGGCAUUUCACUGAAGAUAUUCAAACUAGACAGUAUCGCGCCUUAGAAGUUCUCAUUGGUUCCGGAUAUGGACCACCUGCAGAUAUUUGGAGUACUGCGUGCAUGGCCUUUGAAUUAGCUACCGGUGAUUAUCUUUUUGAACCUCAUUCUGGUGAAGACUAUACUCGAGAUGAAGACCAUUUAGCACAUAUUAUUGAGUUAUUAGGACCGAUACCCAAAAAUAUUGCUCUUUCAGGAAAGUACUCACGAGAUUAUUUUGACAAACGGGCUUGUCUACGCCAUAUACGUCGACUGAAACCUUGGAGUUUAUUCAAUGUACUCACUGAAAAGUAUGAUUGGCCAACUAAAGAAGCAGCACUUUUCACCAGUUUCCUGGAACCUAUGCUUGCAUAUGAUCCUAACAAACGAGCUACUGCAUGGGAUUGCUUACAACAUGUUUGGAUUACUGGUCAACCAUAUUCACCUACUGAAUUAAAUUUUCCUAGUCGUAUUCCACUAAGUGUUGAUAUGCCGGAUCCAUUAAUGGGUGAUUUUCUGUCUAAUCCAAGUACAUAUUAUCAUCCGCAUGCCAAUCAAUCUGGUAUUUUAGAUCCUACAACAGCCAGUUCUGGUAUGUGUCAUACUCAGCACCAUUUGAGUCAACAGUAUCCACCUGUGCAUUGUAUUGCUCCACAAUCUAGAAAUAGUCGGUCUGUUAAUUAUAUGCCUCCGAAAAUAUCGUACAUUGAAGAUAUCAAUGCAUCCGAAUAUCAUUUACCUUAUAAUCCUGAGCUAGUGAGAGACGGUGGUUUGCACAAUCGUGGUGGUGGUAUGUGUGUCCCUCCUGGUUCGCAUUAUCAGCCUUGGCCACCUAAAGCAAUUGGGCAAAAGCGGUUGGAUGUUGGUGAUGUUGACGGAGCAAUUUAUUUAGAAAAUCCUGUCCAUGUUGGGAAUUUCAUCCAUAGUCUGCCGGAUCUUAGUCCUGCCCCUAGUGAUGAUGACUACGACGAAGAUGAUGACGAUGAUGAGACUAAAGGUGAUGAAGAAGAUGAGGAGGAUGAAAGCGGAGAUGAUGACGAUGAUGAUCCGAGAAUGCAUUCCCCACAUCAUCAUCAUUCUCAUUAUUACGAACAUCCGUCUAAUCUAUCCUCUAUGUAUCAGUUUUUAAAUCCACCUCAAAUCCCAUUAGAAUCACCAGCUCAUCCUCACUAUACUGAUCCGCUUGCUAUGGCAGCAGCGGCUGGUUUACCUCCUAGUAAAGCUGCUAUUCUGGCAUAUGCUGCUCAAGCUCUUGGACCGGAUACUGUUUGGGCUGGUUUAGCUGCAGCGAAGAAGCGUCAAGAACAACAGCAACAACAGACUCAACAGGCAUCAGAAAGCAAAAAUUCAGACUCGCUUCCAAAUGAUGAUUGUAUUAUAUCAUCUACCUCAACUAUGAAAACUGCUCAAAGCAAUACUGACUCACCACGUGAGACAGAAAUUGGUGAGGAAUCACGUCACUGUGUUGGUGAUAUAGAAGAUCCAUCUACCACCUGUCAUGCUAACACUACUACUACCGAUCAUCAGCACACUGCUUCAGCAGGCUCUACAGUUGAGGAUGAAUGUCACCCUGCAGUUCAUUCAAAAUUAUCAGACACUCGGAAUUUCGAGUCUGAAUUGCAUGAAGUGAAUCAAAGUAUAACUUGUCAACAGAUGAUUGAACCUACGGAGACAUCCACGGAGGCUUAGUUUUCUCUCUCUCCCAAGUAUCUGAUAUCUAUCUCCUGUGAACAACAACCUAUAGGCUUUCAUUUUAACUCUUAUUUUGAUGCUCUGUUUAUAUAUAUAUAUAAGAACAAGAAGAAGAAAACCAACAAUGUAAUUUAAGAAAAAAACUCCUUGUGGAUGCUGAAUAUCAAAUGUUGAAGUUAACUGAUGAUGAUGAUGAUGAUGAUGACGAUGAUGUCCCGUAUAUUACUAUUUUAACAUUAUCAUCAGUUCAAUUCACUGAAUCUUUCGCAUCUAUCGGUGUCUGUAUUUCAUCAGUUGUGUUAAGCCUGCAUUCAUUUUUGUCCACUAUAUACAUAUAUAUGUAGCUGGUUUUUAAAAAUCAAAAUAUCAUAUUUCAAAGUUUCAUCUUUCUUUUUCUCUUGAAAUAUGUAUCAAUAUGUUUGUUUUUUUAUAUAUAUCCAACAUAUCUACCCUCUUUUAUUUUUCCUGAAAUUAUUUCCUAACUAACUACACACUCCACACACACACGCACGCACGCAUACAAACUACUCAUACAUAUGUCGUCCCUUACAGAUACAAGAAUAUAAAUGGAUGAUGCCAGUUUGAGUUAAUGCAUCUGUUAUACCACUAUUGUUAUUAUUAAUAUUACACUAUUAAUGUUAAUAAUUCCCAUACUUAUGUCAUCCAUCUUCUCUCUCUCUAUUGUACAAGUUAACAAGUCAUUGUUUCAUGUGUGUGUGUGUGUGUGUGUGUGUGUUGACUACUUGCUUGUUUAUGUGUGGUAGUAUGGGAUUUCACUGAUAAGUGUUCACUAAACACUUUUGUUUUGAUUAGGUUAGGUUGUUCACACUUCUGUUUCAUAUCUUCUUAUAUCUUUUUAGAACAGGCUUUCACAUAACCAUUAUUAUUAUUAUUAUUAUUAUUGUUAUUGUUAUUAUUAUAGCUAAGUUAUUUCAAUAACUCACUCAUAUUUAGAGUGUGGCUCAGAUUGCUGCAUCUGUUGAGAUAAUUGUCAAAGGCUACACAUACAAAAUGACUAAACUAUGUACACAUAUAUAUACACACACAGACACACAUAGCAUUAUAGUUUUUUUUGUGUUUGUCUCACCUACUCUGUGCUUCCAUUUUAAAAUGCGCGUGUAUAUAUCUAUCUAUCAAUCUAUCUAUAUCUACAUGUAUCUCUACAAAAACGGACUUGUUUACGGCGCAUAGUUUUAUUUCUCUCUCUUCAUCUUUAUUAUGCAUUAAGGUUGAUCAGCUUUAUAUUGGUAACUCAGUCACUCACGCACUCGAUAUGUGAGGACUUUGAGAAUGAUUUGAUGUGAGGAAGACUCUGUUGUCAUCAUACCACCUGUUAUUACUUUUUUUUAACUUACAGCUGUUACCAAAAUGCUUCCGUCAUGUGUAUGUCCUUGCAAACUGCCUCCCCCCUCAUCUUGUGUAUGUACUCCUGUCUAUAUGUGUAUGGGUGUGUGUAUCUAUACCCUUCUUGUUUAAAUUUAUUCAUGGCAAGACUUUCAUUAACCCAUUGGUCAUAUAUUUAUAUGCAUUUUAAAUUAUUAUUAUUGAUCCUAUUAAUAACUGUGUUUUGAUUUGUUGGCGGACAGUGUUCACGAGAAUCAGACAUCUGAGUUGCUAUCAUUUAUAUUACUAUUAUUAUUAUUAUUACUAUAUGUGAUCUAGUUAUUCAUCUUUGUGCGCCCCAUCUCUUCAACUCAUCUUCAUUGCACACAUUUAAGAAGAAGAGGAAUCUAAGCCUUAUAUCUCUAUUACACUAUUUCAUUUUUUCAUGUAUAAUUAGUACUGAUGAUAAUAAUAAUAGUAGAGUAAUAUUGGCAGUAGCAUGCUGAACUGUCACCCCUCUUCUUCAUCUUCUUUCUCUUUCUGUCAUACUAACUAUGUGAUCUAUUCUAUCUCGGUUGUCAUAUAAACUCACUAUAAUAUAGGUGAAAAUGACAAAACAUGUUUCAGUGCUCUCUAUGCUCGUGUCUGUGUGUGUGUGUGUUCGAGUGUAUGUUGAAGCGCGCGCGCGAGAGAGAGAGGGUUUUGACAAUUGUUUCCUUUUCAUCCUCAUUCAUUGUCCCUUGUAUGUUCAAUGCUUACCCCUCUCUCUCUUUCUCUUUGUGUCUCUGGCCCCCCCCCGCUACUGGUCUCUCUCUUUUCUCUAAACAAACAAGUUUGUGUCGACGUGUUUUAUUUUUGGUUGUGCAUUUUGCUGGUUGAUUAGAUAUUUAUUACACAAUAUAAAUAAGAGAUGAUAUAACGAUAUUGAAUCGUUUGUUUCUUGUGUUGUUCAUCUUUUUGUUUGUUUUCUUAUCAUCCUCGUUGCUACUACUGCUAAUACUACUACUGCCACCACUAUUACUACUAGUCUGUCUGUCGGUCGGUCAGUCAGUCAGUUGGUGUGAUAACACACACUUACUCUAACUGAUAUUAUAUACACUCCUUUUCUCUUCUCACCACUUUUUCCAUUUCAAAGCAAAACAAACCAAACACUAAUUGGUUGGUUGAUAAAUCUAUUAAUGCAUCAUUUUCAGAAAAUUUGUAAGAAAUAAGUUUGUUUUAUUAUUGCGGUUAUUAUUAUUAUUAUUACUAUUA